AUGGAGAAGAAUGGAUGCAAGACUGCUUCAACGCCAGAAGACGUCACCCUUGAAUUCUACCGCUUGAGAAAGCCGAUUGGGGCAGCCUCAAUCUUCGAAUAUAUCAAUCCCGAGACUCACGAGCAUGUUUACGAGCCGUCCCGUCACUUCACGAAAAGCUUCACCUGGGGAGGGGACGUGGAUUGA